UGCUGUCACUUCACUGCUGUCUAGUCUCCCUGAUUUGUGGUGUGCAUGAUUUGUACUAUCAGCUGACAAGCAAAAACGGCAAAAGUGAAAAACACGCUUAAAAAUGGUCAGGCCAAGUAAAGUACACUGUUUGUCUUGUUUAUUAAUUAUUGGAGGUUUUGGGUUGUUAGCUUUUAUUAAUAAUCCGACUGCUGAAGAUGUGCCAUUAUCUAAACUUAGUCAAAAUAUUGGGGCACCUACCUUAAAAUUUUUAUAUUGUUACUCGUGUGGAUAUCGGAAAAUGUUUGAUCAAUAUACAACAAUAAUUAAUCAAAAAUAUCCACAUAUUUUAGUGGAUGGGGCUAACUAUGAUCCGCCUGGGCUUAAUAUGUUUAUAGCGAGGGCAAUAGGUGCUCUGAAAAUGGUUGUAAUAUUCUGCAUACUGGGAGGAGUAAAUAUAUUCCAAUAUAUAAAUCAGCCGGUUCCUUCUUGGUGGAAUUGGUGUGUUGAAAACAAGCUUUAUGCUUGCAUGAUGUUGUUUUUCCUGGGUAACCUCGUUGAAGGACAACUAAUUCAGUCUGGGGCCUUUGAAAUUUCUCUUAACGAUGUUCCCGUGUGGUCUAAACUUGAAACGGGUCGAAUCCCACAACCGGCCGAGUUAUUCCAAAUUAUUGACAGUCACAUGCAAUUCACCGACAGCACCAUUGAACUGAAUGGAUUUGCUAAAUAAUAAUAAACAUUAAAUUAAGUAUGGGACUGAAUUAUUGGAGGUGUACUCUGUAAGGGCUUACAUUUAUAUUUUUUAUUAAAGGUUUCAAUUUCUUUGGACUUAUUCCAAUCAAAAUGCUGUCAUAAAAUGCGAAAUUUUGUUGUAUAUCUGGAGAUAUUAUUUCAUUUAAAAAAUAAAUUCUUUCCUUAAAUUAAAACAAAUAGAUGUUAGUUAUCACAUGGAUUUAUUUAACAACGUAUUUCUAAAUGUAAAUAUUGAUAAGUAUUGUAUACUUUUUACAAAAAUAUAUUUCCACCAAAUUAUAUACUCUUAUAUGUAGCAUUUAAAUUAUACCAGAUUAAUUUAAAAAAAAUAUUUCAAAACGUUUUGUCUCCCAGGGUUCCAUUUAAUUUUUUCAGACUGCAUUUUGAUAGGUUUUCACUCAAUUAACAAUUUGAAAAUGUGUGUGAUUUGGGAGACUCCAUCGAUAAAAAUAAUAAUUUAAUAGGAAAAUGUAUAUAUUAGCGUUAUUUGUUACUGGUAGACAUACUUCUUAUAUAAUAUAUUUUUCCUAAUAUAAAUAUUUUAGCUGUUA